UCCGAAGCAUGGUCGUCGCAUCAGAUCCAGAGCGAACGCGCACGCAGACGGACACGGCGCACGGAUAAAAGCAAAUAAAAAGUGUUACACACAGUACGCAGCGCACAUUUCAUAAAGCUUUUAACUCCCAUAAACCCAUUUUUGCAAAAACGUAGCAUAACGUGCGCCUGCGAGUGAGUUAGUGAGUGAGUGAAAUCGUAGUAGCUGCAAAAAGGUAGUAAGCGGCUCAAUUAACUGGAAAAAACAGCUGCAGCAUCAGCAUGAACAAAGUGUGAGCUGUGAAGAGAUAGAGAGAGAGAGAAAGACAGAGAAAGUCGAGCGCAAACAAUUUGUUGAAUACUGCUGCCUUCGCACAAGAAACCGAAAGAAAGCAAAAGUGAAGAAAAUUACACACAAACACGAACACACACAUUUAUAUGUUCUAUGCGUGUAUUUGUGUAACUACUUCAUACACAAAUGCAAAUACAAAAUAUUAAUAUACAUACGCACGUAGCGAAGCAAAAAAAAAGUGUUGCCAACUAGCGUUGAGUGGAAAAAAACCACAGGAAAGCAGCAAGCACAGCAACAUUGGCGGCGAAAAAGUUAAAAAGGACAAAGACGAUUAAGCAGCUUUGCUGCUGGCGGCGGCAGCGGGAGCUGAGGCACGAGCACCAGCGGGAAAGUGAUGUGUUUAUAUAAAAGUCUGUCUCCCUCCCACUAAUAGAUGACAUUAAAAUAAUCUUGCGUGUGUAUGUGAAUCUUUGGCACCGAGCGAAGGAGGCGCAGCAGCAACAGGAUUCGAGUCGAGGCGAAAUUGUCGCAGUGCGGCGGCGGCGGCGGAGCGAGUUUAGUGUAUAAUAUUUGAAAUCAAAGCGAAAGGGUAUCAGCAUGUCGGCGCUGCUCCAUCUCAAUCACAAGCUCAAUAUGCGCACAACCGCUGUCAAAAUGAAGAUGCCGCCAGUCCGGCGGAGCGACGGCAGUUCCAAACCGGAAACAGUCGCGAGCGCAGCCAAUUGAUGACAAAUUCUAGAAGAAGAAGCAGAAGCAGAAGCAAACAAACUAAGCUAAUCCAAUCGCAUUUUCUACGUAUUUACUGUUACGUUUUCAUCGUUUCCUUGAUGAGCUACAUUAGAGCUAUUUGUGCAACAACUGCGCGGCAAGCGGAAAUGAAAAUCCGCAGCAGCAGCCGCGGCAGCAGCAGCAGCAGCCGAGGCAUUUGCAUUAUAAGACUGAUAACAUUAAAGAGAUUUCUACAGAUUUUGGCAAUGCCAACACACACUCAGCAGCGGGAGCGGGAGCGUGAGCAGGAGCAGCGGGAGGAGCGGGAGCAAUCAGCGCAGAGGAAACGCCAUUUAUGGCACACGCAACCCGCAUCCUGUUGGCAGCAUCAGAGCAACAUCCACAGCAGCAGCUGGCUUUUGUUGCUGCUGCUGUUAUCGUCGCUGUGGCCGGACUGCGAGUGCCUGCACGGCGCCAAGCUGAGCCCCAGCACCGUGAAGACCAAGUAUGGCCUGCUGCGCGGCAUUGUUGUGCGCUCCCAGCCGCUGGUGGAGGCAUUUCUUGGUAUACCGUAUGCAUCGCCGCCUGUGGGCAGUCUCAGAUUUAUGCCACCCAUAACGCCAUCGACGUGGAAAACGGCCCGCAAUGCGGAUCGAUUCUCGCCCGUUUGUCCACAAAAUGUGCCCAUACCGCCCAACGGGCCGGAGGCCCUGCUGGAGGUGCCGCGCGCCCGUCUCGCCCAGCUGCGACGUCUGCUGCCGCUGCUCAAGAACCAAUCGGAAGACUGCUUAUACCUUAAUAUCUAUGUGCCAUACGAGACGCAGCGACCGAGACCGGUUGCCAACGCUAGUUCGAGUACCAGUUCCACUUCCAGUUCCGGUUCCAAUUCCGAUGCGAUGCUGUCCACUGUGGUGUUCAUACACGGCGAAUCCUUCGACUGGAACUCGGGCAAUCCCUACGAUGGCUCCGAACUGGCCGCCCAUGGCAACGUCAUCGUUGUGACAAUCAAUUUUCGGCUCGGCAUCUUCGGUUUCCUCAAGACCGGCGGCAAGGAGAGCGCCCAGGGCAACUUCGGUCUAAUGGAUCUGGUCGCCGGCCUGCACUGGCUCAAGGAGAACCUGCCCGCCUUCGGUGGCAAUCCGCAGAGCAUAACCCUGCUCGGCUACGGCACCGGAGCUGUGCUGGCCAACAUCUUGGCCGUCUCGCCCGUGGCUAGUGAUCUGAUACAACGCGCGGUGCUCAUAAGCGGCACUGCCCUCUCGCCCUGGGCCAUACAGAAGAACCCGCUGUUUGUCAAGCGACGCGUCGCCGAGCAGACUGGUUGCCAUGGUGACAUGCUCUACGAUGAUCUGGCGCCCUGUUUGCGCACCAAAAGCGUCGCCGAAUUGCUUUCAGUUAAGAUCGAUCAUCCGCGCUUUCUGGUUGGCUUUGCUCCUUUUGUGGAUGGCACUGUCAUAACGCCCAACACGGAUGCCAUGUCCAGCACUUCUCUGCCCCUGGGCUCAGCUAUUGUUAGUACUUCAGGAAUUGAAUAUGCCAACUUUCCCAAACGCGACCUCAUCUUCUGUCUAACGUCUGUGGAAUCCUAUCUGGAUUUGAGCGCGCAGGAUCUGGAGUUUGGCUUCAAUGAGACGCGCCGGGAUCGCAUAUUGCGUACAUUUGUCCGCAAUAAUUUUCACUACCAUUUGAACGAGAUAUUCGCCGUGCUAAAGAACGAGUACACGGACUGGGAGAAGGCCAUCAGGAAUCCGUUGAGCGCUCGGGAUGCGACGCUGCAGUUCCUCAGCGAUGGGCACACGGCCUCGCCUCUGAUUAAAUUGGGCUAUAUGCACAGUUUGCGUGGCGGUCGCACGUAUUUUGUGCACUUUAAGCAUCGCACCAUUGAGGAGGAAUAUCCACAGCGAACUGGUUCGGUGCGCGGCGAAGAUGUGCCUUUCUGGCUGGGCUUGCCAGUCUCUCCGCUAUUUCCACACAACUACACAGCGCAGGAGCGUCAAAUUGGAAGACUAAUGCUGCGCUAUCUGGCCAACUUCGCCAAGACUGGCAAUCCGAACCAAUCAACGCCCGGCCCCGCCCAGCUGCCGGCCACCAGCCAGAGCCGUGCACCUGUGCACCUGCAACGCAAGCGCUCGGCGCCCAGAUACCAGGAUGCGCUAGGGACCGGCAAAGCCCUCAACCUGGCCGUCAUCUACAAUCAGCGUCGCAGCAAUGCGAUGCACGAGAAACGCUCCUAUUUCCGGCGGCGUUUGCGCAGCAACGAGGGACCCGCUCCACAGCCGGAGCUGGACGCAAUGAGCACUGAGCACGAGGUGGGCAGCUAUGAGGGGGAUGAGCUGCCCUUCUGGGAUGCCUACGACGUGGUCAAUCAGCUGUACAUUGAGCUGGCAGGCAACAAGGCCAACAUUCAAUCCCAUUAUCGCGGCCACAAGUUGUCCAUGUGGCUCAACCUGAUACCGCAGCUGCAUCGUCAUUUCAACAUCAACGAUCAGUCCAUGCGGCAUCAUCAGUUCCAGGAUGAUCUCAACAGCCGGGAUCUCUAUGAAGGUGUUGUGCGUCCCCAGCUGCAAACGAAGCCCGCGGACGAUGACAACAUCAUAAUUAUCCAAACGGGCCGAACCACAACUGCCCCGCCGCCGCCAGCCCAAAAGCAUGAAAAUACGAAUGCAACAAAUGCUUUGAGCGCCACAGGUGCAACUGCAACAACAGAAUGUGGCAUCGAUGGCGCCCUGUCCGUAUCGGAGUUGACCACAACUCAAGCGCCGAAGGACAAUCGCACACAGCACACGCAAGUGGAGACGCACAAGGAUCUGGCGACGGCAUCGACGGGCAUCAUUGGCAAUCUGGAGCUGCUGCGCCGCCUGAGCGGCAAGCAGUUCCAAAGCUAUACCACAGCAUUGAUAGCCACCGUGGCCGUUGGCUGUUUCCUGCUCAUACUCAAUGUGCUGAUCUUUGCGGGCAUCUAUCAUCAGCGGGAGAAACGGGCGCGCGAUGCCAAAACCAAGGAGGAGCUGCAGGAUAGCGAUACCAGCAAAAACUCGAGCAUACUGAAGCUCAAUGCCGCCGGAUCCGGCGAUGCGGCGAUGGGCAGUGAUGCAUACACGCUGAGCGGCGCCGUGGUGGACACCAAGGGCGGCAUGGGCAUGGUCUUUGGCGAGUACAGCUGCUACGAUGAGAAGACAAAGCAGCUGAAGGAGGAGCAGCUGCUGGUGGAGCUACCGCCGCACCCGCACCCGCACCCGGCGCAAACAACACUUCUGAUGGACAACUGGGAGGCGUGCUCGACCAGCACGCUGGAUCUGCUCAAGACGCGGCCAGCCGCGGCACAGCCGACCACCGGCCCCCACAUCGAAAUGGUCAGCUACAAUGCGCUGCCGGCGAUGGUCGAAACAAAUCCGGCGCAAUCAGGCAGCAAGCGCGGCUCCUUUCUGGACACCAGCGGGCAGCUGCAGUUCGAUUACGCGGUCCAGUCGUCGGAUCAAAUGUCCUUCAAGGCCAUCGAGGAGGCGGUCAAGGCAGCGGCCAGCGGCGAUUCGGACAUCAUGCGAGACGAUGAUAUACCAGAACCGCCGCCACCGCCGCGUUCCUUUCUAGCUGCCCAGCAGCAGCAGCAGCAAAUGGGCAUCCUGCGACAGGCGGGGGCUGCGGGCGGCGCCAGCAGCUCCGGCAGCGGCAAGAAACGUGUACAUAUUCAGGAAAUCUCUGUCUAAUCAGCUGUGGCUCUCAACUAAGCUUAUGGAAUUUCAAUCUAACUCGCAAGCGCUCCAAGUGCUUGAACCUACCCGCUUUAACUAUACUUUCCAUAACCCAUCUACGACUUUCUCCCGUACUCAAAAAAGGAUUUAGACUAAAUCUAAAA